AGGAACGCUGCCACCACGACCGCUGCCUCUACCCUCAACCUGCCCCCUCCUGUCUCGGCCUCUGCUGCUCUACCCGGGGCUGGGGUGGAUUUGAGCCUCCCCAAGCCAAAGAAGAGGACGGAGCCGGUGCGGAUCACGGUGCCGGAGUUGCACAAGGGAGAUUCAGAUUCGGAGGAAGAUGAACCAGCAAAGAAGAAAAUUACUGUUCAGGGAUGCGGCGAGGGCUCUGGCUUAUCCGCUUUGCUUCCUCAACCCAAAAAUUUGACAGUGAAAGAGACCAAUCGGUUACUUUUGCCCUACGCUUUCUCGAGGAAAGCGGGAGAAAACGCUUCCGACUCCAAGCCCAAUAAAGCUCCAACCUCUUCAACCUCCAAAACAAAACCUCUGUCCAAGCCAGCUGUGCCCACAACUCCUUCUCCAUCUGCUAUCAAAGCCGCUGCGAAGAGCGCUGCCCUGCAGGUAACCAAGCAGAUCACGCAGGAAGAAGAUGACAGCGAUGAAGAGGUCGAACCAGAGAACUACUUCUCCUUGUCUGACAGGAGCGAGCCCAGCGUCGCGGCUGCCGAGACGUACGUGUACUCUGGCACGGUGGUGGCAGAGGACCCACCUCCUGGGACAGAGACAGAACCCCAAUUCCAAGACGCUGCUGCUAACGCCCCUCUGGAAUUCAAGACGGCGGCGGGUUCCAGCGGUUCUCAGCACGGCUGGGCACCCAAACCCGGAGAAGAUUACGGCAACGAGCCGUACAGCCAGUUCCCUGCCUACGGUGAGGCCGGUGCAUAUUAUCAG